CUAAAGACAAACAUCACAACUUUAGGACCGAUGGUUCUUCCGUUGUCGGAACAGUUGAUGUUCUUGAUUUCGUUGGUCAAAAGGAAGAUGUUCAAACUGAAAGUGAAGCCGUAUAUUCCUGAUUUCAAGCUAGCUUUCGAGCAUUUCUGUAUUCACGCAGGCGGUAGAGCGGUUCUUGACGAAGUGCAGAAGAAUCUUGAUCUCAAAGAUUGGCACAUGGAACCUUCUAGAAUGACUUUGCACCGGUUUGGUAACACUUCGAGUAGCUCACUUUGGUAUGAGAUGGCUUAUACCGAAGCUAAGGGCAGGGUUAAAGCCGGUGAUCGACUUUGGCAGAUUGCGUUUGGGUCGGGUUUUAAGUGUAAUAGUGCGGUUUGGAAAGCGUUACGAGCGGUCUCGACGGAGGAGAUGACUGGUAACGCGUGGGCUGGUUCGAUUGAUGAUUAUCCGGUUAAAGUUGUACAAUAAACGGUUGAACCG